AUGCCUGCCAGCGAAGUUGUUCUUGGCACUCGAUUUGAGGACAGAGAUUCCUCUCACUCCAAUUCCUCGAGGCCAAGCGAUUCGACCUCGAAAGAGUCUCAAACUUCACCAUCUACCUCCACAACACAUCCUCGUACAGACACGCCGACAGCCACUGGAACCAACACCACUCCAGACGCAUUCACUGAUGGAAUUGAUCCUGGAUCAUAUCCCCUUCUGGACCAAUCUGGCCCACCGUCGGACUUUGUAGACGAUGCUUCGAAUUCAGAUAUCGAAGACCUGCCACAGCCCAGCGCAUUGGGCGAAGCAUACGCGAGAAAUGACAAGAAGGCGUACGACGACUCGCUUAAGCUAUUGGGAUACUCCUAUGACGCGAAGACGAAUGGCCCGUACAUGAAGCCUGGUAUGUUCUUUUGGACGCCAGUCUCUACGCCAAUAGUGCCCAGUGAAGAGCUAGACGAACUUGAAGCAGAUGCUAGAGAGGACUAUGUUGUGUACCCAACUGGCCACAUGACUCGCAAAGUCAGGCGCUUUCUUGCAGUACAGGACAAUGGAAGUCAAGUCUUGUGUCUGAAAGGAACUUCACGCAACAAACGCGGCUUCACGGGGCUGACGCGUGGGUCUCUGAUGUAUAAGAAGUUGGUUGCUUUGAUCCAUCGACGAGACUGGGAGAAUGGCUUCUGGCAGAGUCUUUGGCGAGAUAUAGGACGGAACGACCCUAUCAUCAUCGAGACAGGCGAGGCCGGUCCUGGCUCCAUGAUACUGCUGGAACCCGAACUCGUGAGCAAGAGAGCCCUGGUAAUGCCAGCCAGGGAGACCAUUUCGUACUCGACCUUUGAACAGGUGGUAUACCUUUUCUAUGGGCACUACAAUCCCGAUCAUUGCAUGACCUCAGCGGUUGAAUGGAAUCUGGACAUGGCUCCGGGAAAAGAAGGAAGCACUAGACGCCCAGGUACCGCCGGUGCGACUGAGGACCGACGAGGCCCCCGUCGUAGACCUAGCGAUGACUAUGGUCGCCAGCGCUCUCGCUCUCCAUUUCGCCACCAGCCAGAACAUGGUCGCACUCGGACUCCACCACGUCGGUCGUACUCACCCAGCUAUGGGUACGAUAGACGGAACCGUGACGAAGGUUACCACCGAGCUAUUUCUCCAACUUCACGUUACCAGAAUGGUAGCUACAACGAAACCCCGCCGCAUUCCCGGCCUCGGCCCCACGAAGAGUCUCGAAAUACUUCAAGCGCUGGACCGCAGCAUGUCCGUGAAACUCAGCAGCAGAGAGGCAGAACGGGAUCAAGAGGUCGUGGUCUCGCGUCCGGCAAAGGUGCCUCGCACAAUCAGGACCAUCGUCCGCGCUGGACCUCUGCCAACGAUACCGUGCAUAUCAUAGAGCCACACAGCGAUAGUGCUCCAAACUCCACUGCUUGGGGUGAUCAUCGUGAGAUUCAUUCAAGUCAAUACAUGAGCUUCGCCAAUUCGUCAAGUCAUCCUGGAGAUAGGUACCAGGAAGAUGGAGCCGUCAACCGGGGUCGAGCACCCGGCAUUGCGUCGCUUGACAAGCAUCGUGUGCAGACAUCUGCGCAGCAGGCGCCGUCCACGAGAAGUACACGACGCCGGCGUGGCGGUAACGGCUCUCAUGCCAUCGAGGCUGUUACGCUAGAAUUCAAUGACGAAGGUGCGCGCGAACCCCGGAAUUCUGAGACCACCAACCGGACGCAACCUACCUCGCGAAUGAAGCCAGGCGUUACGUCUUUGGCGAAUGCUGUCGGCAAUACGAAACUGAACAGCAUUCAACCUGUGGCACGGGGAGAACAGUCGCACCGAUGA